AUGGCUGCGACUCGCCCUAUUUCUGUGCCAUUUAGUGCUGCAUCGAAUAGUCGUGCCCAGUCCUCCAGAGUUCAAGUCGUAUCCUCCCAGACAGGGAGCUUUAAUGCUCCUGUCCAUUCUAAUGACAAUCUGAUUACAUCUUUAUCAAAAACAACCCAAUCCCGCACUGCAACUGACACUACUGUUGAUUUGGCGUUUGCAUCGAUUGCCAUGCCUGCAGCCGCUUUGUCCUCUUCCAAACAUACAGCUGUAGAACCAGAUCUCACUAAUACAAAUUCAAUCCAACAUAACAACUCCAACUCGUUCACCAAGACCAACCAAGUUCAUACAGUUGAAUCUAACUCCAGCUCGACUGCUAUUCAGUCCAGUUUUUGGAAAGUCGGCACUGCCACACAUCCAUCGGAUGAUCAAGAUCAGCAUGUUGCUGUUCAAAUGGCGGACGAUGCAGUGCCUAUCCAACGCAAGCCAAUCGAGAUUCGAGCUGUUUCCUCUAAACAGCCGUUGGAUACUUCUUUGGACACACCUACAGACAACAGCUUUAACAAAAAUGCAACACUUGGAAGUCAUUUUUUCAACUAUAUUAAUAGCAGCAGCUCGCAACUACGAAAUCGCUCAGCCACACCUACUGCUCAUGUUGAAAGAAAAUGGAAUCAAGGAAUGUGGGAUGCAGUAAUUGCAUCCACCAAAGACAAAAACAGAGGCCAUAAAAAUUUAGAACAAAUCAGAUUGGAUCUGAUAAAACUCAAUUUGGUAGACAAACCUGCAGUCUAUAUUCGCAACAUGAGACGCACUGUUGUUUUGUUUGGUCAUAAAACUGACAGUAUACUUAUGGACACCAUUUGGGCAUGGCAUCUUGAAAAUCUAUCCGCAAACUCCAUUGAUGCCAUGAACCAUUUUGCCGGUGAAAAAAAUGCCGACGCUAUUGUGAAAUUACUGUAUUCCAAAAGCAUGUCGCCGUGGGAUAGUGUUAUUCAGUUUGAUGUGUCGGAAAAAAAAGACUCUUCGUUGAGAAUAUCAAAAGAAAAAGUCAAUGAACUCCGAACACUUCAUUUUACUGGCAUGCUUCGACGCGGACUGAUUUUGGUCUUCAAGGUAUCCGAACUGCAUCCUGAUGUGCGAUUCGUGAAAAUCGUUGCGCCAUUUGGACUAUUGUGUAAAGAAGCUGAAAGAAUUCAAUUGCGCAUGCAGUUGGAUCUAGCAAAGCUCAUCACCAAACCAAAUUCGGAUGAAGCAAAAACUCCAUUGAUACAAAAUAGUGUCAUGUCCCGCAUGUCUCAAAUGAUUUAUGCUCGUCGCCAAGCCAAAGUUCAACGUGAAAUUGCAUCACUAAACAGUUUGACGCCUGAUAUUGUAUGGGAGGGUCCCACAAGUUUGUUUAGAGAUGGUACAAUCAGUCCUAAACGUGCAGCUAUUUUUACUCGUGAGCGUUUGGACAGUUUCUGCGGUGGUGAUAUUUCUAAAUUAGGCCUUCCCUAUGUUCAUUUUCAUUUCUUCUCCAAUGCUCGUCGUAAUAUGCUUGUGCAUUCCAUUGUAUCUGCCUGCACAAUCAACUUUUCCUCUAAUCGGUCCAUUAGAUCUAAUAUUGAUGAUCUAUUGCUCAAAAAGGUAUAUUCUGCCUUUUAUGCUGUGCAUGAUGGCCCUCUGUUGUCAGCUGGAAGCAAAGUAGAGCACAUUGAGAAAACAGGCGAGCUCAAGACAAUCGUCAGCGAAACGCCUAGUAUGAGACCCCUAGGCAUGGAGCGAAAUGUUCGUGCUGAGCUGUAUCAAUCGCUGAAAGACUCGUACAGCAUUCGUUAUUUGUUUUCGUAUCUACCUGUCAAUCAAUUGCGUGAAUAUUUUGGUGAACGUAUUGGAUUCUACUUUGCUUGGUUGGGAUACUAUACAAUUUGGUGUCAAUCUGCUGCAUUUUUUGGGAUUGUGACAUUUGUGUAUGGUAUCUAUCGUUCUGUCAGUUUGCCUCGAAGCAGUAUUCCAGAUCCAAAUGGAAGCGACACUGCCAGUGAGAUUCUUAUUCGUGCCAUACUGUUGUUUGACAACGAGGCUACACCGGUGUAUGCCUUUUUUAUGAGUAUCUGGGCUGUUCUUUGCUUGGAAUUCUGGAAACGUCAAACACAAAGUAUUGCGUUUCUCUGGGAUGUAGCCGAUUAUCGUAAACGUGAAAAAAUUCGGCCUCAGUGGUGCCCGUCUGGAACCCAUAUCUCACCCAUUACCGGAAAAAAGGAGAACUAUGAAUCUCCACGCCAAAAAUGGACAGUGCGAUUUAUCACUGGCAGUAUUGUCACGCUGUGUAUUCUUCUUAUACUUGGGUUUAUUACUGGUUUGAUUGCAUUCAAAGAGUACUUUUCUUCCAUAAGCAGUAAAACAGUCACCAGAUCUGGCAGCAGCAUAAAAAGGACAAUUGUAGAUUCCUUGUACGCUCAUUUGGCAUCAUUUAGUGUUGCUAUUUUUGCCGUGAUUCAAAUUCUUGUUAUUGAUCCGGUUUACACAUAUGUUGCUCGUUAUCUUAACGAUUGGGACAACUACAAGACUGUGUCCGAAUAUGAAGACAAUCUUGUUCUCAAGGGAUUCUUGCUGAGUUUUCUCAAUAACUUUUCAUUGAUUAUCCACACUGCUGUGAUCAAGGCCUUGUUUCGUGUUUACUAUGAGAUUAGCCAAUCCCCCAUUCUCGACUUUGGCAGAUGGGAUGGAAACUGCCAGAUUGUCUCUGUCAAGUUUGGCAUUACCAACUGUAUGUCAGACUUGAUUAUCCAGAUUGCUACCAUGUUUUUUUUCCGACAAUUCUUUACACAGAUAGUUGAUACACUCUGGCCACUGGUUUCCUCAAGAUACAGCGAGAUCAUGAGUUUGAAUUUUGAUUUUGACAACAAUAAUGAGGACAGUAACACCCUCUCCCAAUACGUUCGCGACUCUAAGCUUGCUGAAACCAGCGAUGAGCAAUUUGCAGGCGAGUUUUCCAGCAAGGUGAUUCAGUUUGGCUACCUCACCAUGUUUUCUGCCGCAUUUCCUCUAGCUCCUGUGCUUGCAUACGUCAACAAUUUGGUCGAGAUGCGAAUUGAUAUAUGGAAAUUUAUUACAAUCUACCAACGACCGUUUGCACGUCGUGAGUCUUCAAUCGGACGAUGGGAAUCGAUUAUGCGAUCUGUGGUGACAAUUGGCGUGUUGACAAAUGCUCUAAUUAUUGCAUUUGCGUCGUCAUGGUUCCAAAGAGCUUUUGAUUUAUUUUUUCCAGCUCAUUUGUUCUUGGACCCUCUGCAGGAUGAAAACGAUCCUGGACAAGCCCAACGAACCUUGAUCAAGGUUGCCGUACAGCUUGCAUUUGUGCUUGCGUUUGAGCACUUGGUUUUUUUAGUUGCCGUAUUUAUUGACUAUCUAGUUCCUGAUAUUCCACAAUCGGUACAGCUUGGACAGGAAGCAGAAGAGUAUUUAGAACAAAUGCAAAGUGCAGCACACGAGGAGCGCCUGGAGAAGAAUGCCAAAGCAGCAGCUGAAGCCGCUACAGCAGCAGCCAUGGCCAAUGCAGCCAAAAACUCUGCACUGGCCAAAGCAGCCUUGCUACAAGCCAAGUUGGUCGAGGUUUCAAAUCAAGAUCCACACUUUUUGCAAGCUCAACCGGUAUCAACCUUGGCGGCUCUAGACACUACCGACAAUAGCAUUGCCGAUGAUGCUAGCACUACCUCCAGUGCUACUCAUGGAUAG